UGCGCAACACACUGGUCCGCUCCUCUCGCUCUUUUUGCUGUCUUUCAAACCUCUCUCUCUCUCUCCACACCAUUUUUCCAGCUUCAGCUUCUUCUUGCUCGUCAGUCGACGCAGAAAACCUUACCGAGUCCUGAGAGCCUCCCUUCCUUCCCCAAAAAGCUCCGAAGAUCUCAACUUUGAGGUUCCCCAGCUCGCCAUCCUCCAUCGACGCUGCAGAGCUCCGUCGCUUUUCGGCGGAACGGCACGGUAGGAGCUGCAAAACAGUAGCGAAGAAACCCUAAAACACCGCCUCCGCCCCCUCCAAAUCCAAGUACCGGAACCCUCCCAAGUACCCAUCUUUCUUCCGGCUCAAAAGCCUUCUCUUUCUACUGCAAAGUCCCGUCUUUUUGGUUCUUUGACAUUGCCCCUUCCAUUGCUCAUUCUUGCUUUCACCGUACCCUUCUCUCAGCUGUCUCGUUUUCUGCUCUGUUUUUCUACAAUCCGAAAGACCAGCUCGCAAGUUAGGUACCCAAACAUGCCCGUCACGGUACCUGCAUCGCUGUCUUCCUUCUCGACCCUCUUCGUCUUCUUGAUUUUCGCCAAUGCAGUUGUCCUCGUCGCCCCUAAGUCCACCAUAGAGCCCUGCUCGAACUCCAACUCCUGCAACGCCCUUCUCGGCUACACUCUCUACACCGACCUCAAAGUCUCCGAGGUCGCUUCUCUCUUCCAAAUAGACCCCAUCUCGCUCCUCACCUCCAAUGCCAUCGACAUCUCGUACCCCGACGUCGAGAACCACAUCCUCCCUUCCCAGCUCUUCCUCAAAGUCCCCAUCACUUGCUCCUGCGUCGAUGGGAUUCGGAAGUCCGUGUCGACCCGGUACAAGACCCGGCCCUCGGACACCCUCUCGUUCAUCUCGGAUUCCAUAUACGCCGGCUUGGUCUCCUCGGAUCAGAUAAGGGAGGCUAAUUCUAUAUCGGACCCCUCGGUAUUGGACGUGGGGCAGAACUUGGUGGUGCCGCUCCCCUGCACUUGCUUCAAUGGGACCGACAAUUCGUUGCCGGCAAUUUAUUUGUCCUACGUGGUGAAGCCGGUGGAUACAUUGGCAGGGAUUGCAUCCAGGUAUACCACUACAAUUACCGAUUUGAUGAACGUGAAUGCUAUGGGCAGUUCGGCUAUAAAUCCCGGUGACAUUAUCGCAGUUCCACUGCCAGCCUGUGCUUCUAAUUUUCCAAGAUACGCCUCAGAUAAUGGUCUAAUUGUGCCUAAUGGGAGCUAUGCCAUCACAGCAAGCCAUUGUGUGCAGUGCAGUUGUGGGCCAGGAAAUCUUAAAUUGUACUGCAUGCCUGCUUCAUUGGCAGUUUCUUGUUCUAGCAUGCAAUGUCGAAACAGCAACUUGAUGCUUGGAAAUGUUACUGCUCAACAGAGCAGUGCUGGAUGCAAUGUCAGUGCAUGCGGCUAUGGUGGUUUUGUCAAUGGCUCGAUUGUCACCAUGUUGUCCACAUCUCUCCAACCGCGAUGCCCAGGAGUUCAGCAAUUUCCUCCACUUAUAGCCCCACCUACCACAGUCAUCAAAGAUCCAACACUUGCUCCAGCGCCCGCCCCACAAUCAGAGGUUGCCGGUUCACCCACGUCUUCGGUGGUGCCAAGUACAAGUUCGCUUCCUAGAUUUAACCCUGCAGGUGGUCCUGCUGGAAGUGCUUCGGGUGUUUCUGCUGCUCGCUCAUUGAUGAAUCCUAUCGACAUUUUACCGGCUGUUGCGACAUUGCUUCUGUUUGUCAAGUUGAUGAUCUUUCAUUCAUCAUGAUUCCACUAGGGUGACUACUGCCAGACGGAGAGGGGUUUUGUUACAUUGAUGUUACUAUGGCCGGGUCAGGUUGGUUUCCUCGCUUGUCUGCUGUAUCUACGUGUUUCCUUUUCCUUUUUGGUGCCUUAUUUAUUAUGCUGUUGGGAUCGGACUUGAUUUUUUUAUGUAGAGAUGUGAGACUCUUUUGCAGCGAUUUGUGUCUUUGAUUCAAGGAACCUGUUUUUUUGCUAGCAGAACUUGUUAUUUUCAA